AUGGCUCUUGCUCCGGUGCCCUCCAGUCCGGACUGUGCUGUCUCGAUCAAUUAUGGAGCCACUGACCCUCUUCUAAAUGACAGAGAAUUAUAUCCAACUUUUUCCCGGAUUGUCCCAGAUGACCAGGACCGUUAUGCAGCUAUUGUUAAGUGUCUGCUACAUUUUGGUUGGAACUGGGUUGGAGUUAUUACACCAAGUGAUGGUAGUGGGGACAUGGAAUUACUAGAACUGAGUAAACUGAUGAGCCAGCAUGGGAUCUGCAUUGAGUUUACAAUUAAACUUUCUAGUAACACAGAAAUUAAUAGAAGAAAAAUUCAGGAGAUUAAACAAUUUACAGCUAGAAUUAUAGUAAUAUGUGGUCUUUUCUCCAUAAGUUAUGUUGAAUAUUUUGAUAAGACUGAAGCUAUAAAUGAAAAUUUUACAUUGAUUCUCCAUGAAACAUGGACUAAUGUAAAAUAUUUGGACAAUAUCUUCUACCCGUCCAUCAAUAACAGCCUAAUUUUUAUACUGCCUCCUAAAAAAUUCCCCAACAUUUAUCGUUUUAUUAACAAUGCAAACCCAUUUGAAAGACCAAAUGACCCAAUGCUGGAGGAUAUUUGGCUCCGUGUUUAUCAUUGUCUUUCAAAAAACAUUUUCAAAAAUACUGUUUAUCAGCUUAUAUAUAACUUUUCUGGAUAUAAUUGUAGUGGCAAAAAUCAUCUUCCACCGACAUUUCAUGGAGUUGCAGAAUCAAAGCCCCACUAUACAUACAUGUCAGUAUAUGCUCUGGCUCAUGCUCUGAACAGAAUGAAUCUGCAUAAAAAUAAAGCUAAAACAUUUGGAUUAAAACAAACAGUACCCCAGGAUUCUACUGGAGAAGAGGACCAACUGCUUCGUGUUAACAUAGAUCCCACUGGAGAAGAGAUGACCUUCAAUCAGAGAGGAGAUCUGCCCUCUAAGUGGUCAAUGGCAAACUGUGUUAUAUAUAAAACCAACACAUCAUAUACAUUUGAUGUAAAGUCUGUGACCACAUUUGAAGAAUCACAAGAUGAUGAUCCAGUUUAUAAUAUCAAACCAGGAGAAAUCAUAUGGAAAACAAGCACGAUCCCUAAAUCUCGGUGCAAUGACAGAUGUCCUCCUGGAUACAGAAAAGCUUUUAAUGGAGGAUUCCAUGUCUGCUGCUAUGACUGUGUCCCGUGUUCUGAGGGAGACAUUUCUGAUACAACAGACAGUGAGAUCUGCCAUAGAUGUCCUGAUGAAGCGUGGCCAGACGACAGAAAAGUCAGAUGUGUUCCCAAACCAUACAACUUUCUAUCAUAUGAACAGGACAUUGUGGUCCUAAUUUCUUCAGUAACUGCUUUAUCUUUUUCUGCCACAACAAUAUUUAUAUUAUGGAACUUUAUUUAUUACUGUAACACCCCAAUUGUGAAAGCCAGUAAUCGGUCUGUAAGUUUCAUUCUCCUGGUCACCAUCUUGCUGAGCUUCCUCUGUGUGUUCUUGUUCCAUGGUCGACCGGUAGAUAUAACCUGCAGGCUUAGACAGAUGUUAUUUGGGAUCUUCUUCUCAACAGCUGUCUCUUGUGUACUGGCCAAGACCAUCACCGUCUGUAUUGCUUUCAAAGCCACCAAACCUGGCAGUCCCUGGAGGAAGUGGGUCACAGUCAAAGUAUCUAAUUAUGUGGUCAUUGUGUGCUCCUCUCUCCAAGUUCUGAUCUGUGGUAUAUGGCUCUUUGUUUCUCCUCCCUACCAGGAGUAUGACCAUCACUCCUAUAAGGGAAUGAUCAUUGUUCAGUGUAAUGAGGGGUCAGUCAUUGGGUUCUACUCUAUGUUGGGUUACAUGGGGAUCCUGGCAGCUGUGAGCUUUGUUCUGGCUUUCAUGGUGAGGACAUUGCCAGACAGCUUUAAUGAGGCCAGGUACAUCACCUUCAGCAUGCUGGUGUUCUGCAGUGUCUGGAUUUCAAUGAUCCCGGCCUAUCUGAGCACCAAAGGGAAAUACAUGGUGGCUGUGGAGAUAUUCGCUAUACUCACCUCGUGUGCUGGAGUUCUGGGCUGUAUAUUUUUCCCAAAGCUGUAUAUUCUGCUUAUAAAACCUGACCUGAACUCCAGAAAAAUAAUACUAGAAAACAAUCAUGUAUAA